UGGCGUUCAGUAAGAAAAGCGUCGCCUAACGGUCUAGUACGAACUCGUACCGUACGCUUUGUGUUCUUUCUGUUCUUUGGGGCAUCCAAGCGACGAAUUAGUCGUAAAGUCGUAUAUAGAGCCGUACAAUCGUAUUGAGCCGUACAAAAUCGUUUAGAUCCGUAUUUUUGUGUGUGCGUUUCUCGCUCGUCUCUUGUUUCGUGCGUUACUCUCGAAACAGAUCAGAAGAAGAACAGCAUUCAAAAUCGAAUGUAACGUUGCGAAGGACAAGAAGACGGCUGUAAGGACAACGAAAAAAAUUACAAGCCAAGUGCGCUCGUGUUCGUGAAUUUCCGGUUGAACAAACACAUAAGCAAAACGUAAAAGAAAAGCCAGCAAAAAUUAUAAAAAUAAUAAAAACAACACAGAGAAAGAGCAAGCGAGAGAGAGAGAGAGAGCGAGUGAGAGAGGAGAGGAGAGAGUGAAAGAGGAAGGAGCAACAGCAACAGCAUCGAAGUAGUACAUAGCACAAGGGGCCAUUCAGCGUGAAAGACGACGAAGUCACUGUAAGAAAAGUGAAAAUACACGGAGAAAAGUUGCACAGAGCGGCAAGCAUAUUUCAUAAGUUUACACACACACACACACACAUAUACAAGCACACAAAACACAGUCACACAGAGAGCCACAGACACAGUCAUAUAACAUAGCCCGGAGCCAGUUAGAGCAAAGUCGAGGCAAAGUCAUACAUGUGAGAGAAGGAAAGAGCGAAGCAGCAGCUGGAGACAGAGACGGAGACGAAGACGAAGACGGAGACAGAGUACGAGACGUUGGCGGUGGCGACAAAGGCUAACGCUCGACCUUUGGCACAGGGUUCAGCAAGUGCAGCAGAGGACACGAACACGGACACAACGAGGCGAGGUCAACAAAUCAAUAGAAACAAAGCGCACAGCCCGAAAGCAAUUGGACACUAGCAACAAUAAUAACAACAACAACAACACGUACAACAACAAGUAGAAGCACAAAAAAAACCACCAAAAUUCACUCUCAAAUUAUGCUGGCCAUGUCGACCUUAAUGAUGCCCGCGCCGACUAUAGCCAUGGGGGCCCCGCAGAUCACGAUGGGCCCCCACAAGCCACCGGAAACGAAAUUGCUUGCCAUACAUCCAGCUGCAGCAGCAGCAGCCGCUGCCGCCCAGCAACAGCAACAGCAAUCCGUGACAGCUGCUCAUCUGCAGCACAAUGGCCAACAGCAACAUCCACAACAGCAGCAGCAGCAGCAACAACAACAGCAUCAACAGCAGCAGCAAAUGCAACAGCAGCAAUCGAAUGCACAGCAGCAGCAGCAAAUUGUUGGCAGCAACUCAAAACCAGAACAGUUUCACAUCUUCGUGGGCGAUUUGAGUGCCGAGAUUGAAACACAACAGCUUAAGGAUGCAUUCACGCCAUUUGGAGAAAUAUCAGACUGUCGAGUUGUGCGCGAUCCACAGACGCUGAAAUCAAAGGGUUAUGGAUUCGUGAGCUUUGUUAAGAAAUCGGAAGCGGAAACCGCCAUCACAGCCAUGAACGGACAAUGGCUUGGCUCACGUUCGAUACGCACAAACUGGGCCACACGAAAACCGCCGGCCACCAAGGCAGACAGUAAGUAUUCCACUUCGCACUCAAUCAAUAAACAAAUUUCGAGUCGUGAACUGAUUUCAUUUACUUGUGUGAUAUUCGCAGUGAAUGUCAAGCCGUUGACCUUUGAUGAGGUGUACAAUCAGAGCAGCCCCACAAACUGCACCGUCUACUGCGGCGGCAUCAACGGUGCUCUCUCUGGCUUCCUCAACGAGGACAUCUUGCAGAAGACAUUCUCUCCCUAUGGCACAAUACAGGAGAUUCGUGUGUUCAAAGACAAGGGCUAUGCAUUUGUGCGAUUCUCCACUAAAGAGGCUGCCACACAUGCCAUCGUGGCGGUCAAUAAUACGGAAAUUAACCAGCAACCGGUGAAGUGUGCGUGGGGCAAAGAGAGCGGCGAUCCAAAUCAUAUGUCGGCCAUAGCGGGCCAAGCACUGGCACAAGGCUUUCCAUUUGGCUCAGCCGCAGCUGCGGCCGCUGCAGCCGCUGCCUAUGGGCAGCAAGUGGCCGGCUACUGGUAUCCACCGGCACCAACAUAUCCCACAGCGGCACCGGCUAGCGCCUUACAGCCGGGCCAGUUUCUGCAGGGCAUGCAGGGCUUUACCUACGGUCAAUUUGCGGGCUAUCAGCAGGCCAGCUACAUGGGCAUGGGCGUUCAGUUGCCCGGCACUUGGCAGAGUGUGCCGCCACAGCCGCAGUUAACCAGCGCUGCGGCCGCUGCAGCGCCACAGAUCACACAGAGCGUGGGCGGUGCAUUGCCUCAGGCAGCUGGCGUUGUGGCCUAUCCUAUGCAACAGUUUCAGGUUAGUCCGCAGCUGGCGGAGGACGAAUGGCUGGCGCCCAGUUUGCUGGUGUAGCUGCCAUGAGCGGUGGCCAUGUAUCCCACCCAACAACAACAACAACACCAACAGCAGCAGCAGCAGCAACAGCAGCAGCCACAACAACAGCAAGAGC